CGACACCCCUCCGACCAACCAUGGCUGACGGCGCGACGACGACAGGAGCAGUGAUGUACGAUCCCCGGAGCCAGAUGACGCAGUUCCGGGAGUACGUCAACAGCAAGUACGCCAUCGGCCUCACCGACUACGCCAGCCUCUACCAGUGGUCAGUGGACCACAUUGCCGACUUUUGGGACUCUUGCCGCGAGUACACGGGCAUUACCGCAUCGUCCCCGGCCACCACCGUCCUCGACACCUCUAUUCCCAUGGAGGAUGUCCCCGAGUGGUUUGCAGGCAUGAAGAUGAACUACGCAGAGAAUCUCCUCUUCCCCCGCGUCGGAAACAACACCACGCCCGUCGACAACGACAAGAUCGCCCUCGUCUUUGCCUCGGAAGAGUUUGACGACCGCUCUAUGUCCUUUGCUGACCUCCGCGAGGCCGUCCGCAUCCUGGCGGCCGCCCUGGCCAAGCUCGGUGUCGGCGUCGGUGAUCGCGUCGCCGGCUACCUGCCCAACUGCAUCGAGGCCGCUGUCGCUGUCCUUGCCACCAUCUCGCUCGGCGCCGUGUGGACUUCGUCGUCGCCUGACUUUGGCGUCACGGGCGUCCUCAACCGCUUUGUCCAGGUCCAGCCCAAGGUCGUCCUCUCCGCCAACGCCGUCCGCUACAAUGGCAAGGUCCACAACCACCUGGAGAAGCUCGCUGCCGUCGUCUCGGGCCUCAAGGCCGCCUCCGACUCGGUCGAGGCCGUCGUCAUCCUCGACUUUGUCCCCCCGCACACGCCCCCGCCGCCCCUGCAGACUACCCGGUCCUCGCUAACGCCACUCCCUGGGCCGACUUUGUCGCCGCCGAAGCUGCCACCACCCGCCCGCUCUCGUUUGAGCAGCUCCCCUUUGCCCACCCCAUCUUCAUUCUUUACUCGUCCGGCACCACCGGCACGCCCAAGUGCCUCGUCCACUCGGCCGGAGGCACCCUCCUCCAGCACAAGAAGGAACACAUGCUCCACGGCGACCUCCGCCCCACCGACAAGCUCUUCUACUUUUCCACCCUCGGCUGGAUGAUGUACAACUGGCUCAUCUCGGGCCUCUCCGUCGGCGCCACCGUCGUCCUCUGGGAAGGCUCGCCGCUCUUCCCGCGCUCCACCGUCCUCUUUGACAUGAUCGACCGCGUCGGCGUCUCCGUCUUUGGCGUCUCGCCCAAGUACCUCGAGGCUGUCGAGCGCUCCGGUGCCGUCCCGCGCGACUCGCACUCGCUCGCCUCGCUCCGCGCCGUCCUCUCCACCGGCGCCCCGCUCGAUGACCACCAGUUCGACUUUGUCUACUCGGCCAUCAAGCCCAACGUCGUUCUCGGCUCCAUCACUGGCGGCACAGACAUCGUCUCGUGCUGGGCUGGCAACAACCCGGAGAAGCCCGUCGUCCGCGGCGAGAUCCAGGGCCUCAACCUCGGCAUGCGCGUCUUUGCCUACGACGCAAACGCAAAUCCCGUCUACGACACGCGCGGCGACCUUGUCUGCACCGCUCCCUUCCCCUCUAUGCCCGUUUACUUUUGGAACGACCCCGACGGCGUCAAGUACCGCAAGGCCUACUUUUCAAAGUUCCCGGGCGUCUGGUCGCACGGCGACUUUCUCAUCAUCUCCUCCUCCACCGGCGGCAUCCGCAUGCUCGGCCGCUCCGACGGGACCCUCAACCCCUCGGGCGUCCGCUUUGGCUCGGCGGAGAUCUACCAUGUCAUGGACUCCAUCCCGGAGGUCGCAGACUCGGUCGUCGUCGGCCAAAAGUGGGGCGGCGACGAACGCGUCGUCCUCUUUGUCAAGCUCGCUGACGGCGUCGCCGCUCUCGACGACGACCUCCUGCUCAUCAUCAAGAAGGCCAUCCGCUCCCAGCUCUCUGCCCGCCACGUCCCGGCCGUCAUCCUUCCCAUUGCCGACGUCUUGUACACCAUCAACGGCAAGAAGGUCGAGGUCGCCAUCAAGCGCAUCCUCGCCGGCGCCGACCCCGCAGCGGUCGACCGCUCCGCCUUUGCCAACCCCGAUGCCCUUGACCUGUUUGUCGGCAUUCCCGAGCUCCAGCCUGUUUCCUAGCCUUUCUUCUCCUAACCCUUUACGGUACGGUCGUUCGGACGCGUUGUCGCGCGUCUCAAAGUGAACAACUCGAUGAUGCU